UUAACAUGCCUUUUCUAUUCAGUUUGAUUCUGGUAAAUCAUAAUUCUACUGGACUUUGGUCACUGUUGUCUGAGCUGCAGCUUUCAACACACAACCUUUAAACUGUGCAAAGAAAAGAUUACGCAAUAAAAUGUUUGAAACUUUAAAGGUGUAGUUUCUGUGUAGAUGCAGGCAUCACACAUGUGUACUUGCUCCACUUAAUAAUGAUGUUAUGAGGAUUAUUCCAGACUAUUUAUGAGUCACAUCUCCAAUUCUACACACAAGGGAGAAUAAAGCAGUGAAGUAGGAAAAUACAAACUAAUGUGGAAAGGAACUAUUACUUUCAAUAUCGAUUAAUCUGCAGAAUAAUUUCUUGAUUAAUUUAAUAACACAUUUUGAAAAAAUACAAUUAUAAUAUCCCAGAGCAAAAUGCUAACUAUUUGAGUACUAUCACAUUCUGUCCAAUGUGGCAUUUGAACAGACACUGAUUUGACUUUAUAAGAAGAAUACACAUAAACCAAGGGGGCAAAUGUUUUGGCCCAAGAAACACCUGAAAAAAUAUCAAUGUUAGAUCAUCUUCCUAUCUUCUUCCUUGAGUGUCCGUCCUGUGAACAGUCAUGAAGAGUCUUCUCUGUCGCAGGAAGUUGGACCUCCCGACAUGUGCUGUGAGCGCUGCCUCUGAGCGGGACUUUGAGCUGAAGGGUUACAGGUUUGAAGCUGCACAGGAACAACUGAGGCCGCCCAGAAGGAUCCGCGUGGGCCUUAUUCAGAACCGCAUCGUCCUGCCCACCGAUGCCCCCAUCCUGGACCAGAUCAAUGCCAUGCACAGCCGUAUUGGUGAGAUGGUUGAAGUGGCAGCCAUGUGCGGUGUAAACAUUGUCUGCUUCCAGGAGACCUGGACCAUGCCCUUUGCUUUCUGCACCCGCGAGAAAGAACCAUGGACGGAGUUUGCGGAGUCUGCCGAAGAAGGAAACACCACGCGCUUCUGCCAAGAGCUGGCCAAAAAAUACAACAUGGUAGUCGUCUCUCCAAUCCUGGAGCGAGAGGGGCUGCACAGCACUCUGUGGAACACAGCGGUGGUGAUCUCCAACUCUGGAAAUGUGCUGGGAAAGAGCAGGAAGAACCACAUUCCCAGGAUUGGAGACUUUAAUGAGUCUACAUAUUAUAUGGAGGGCGACACUGGCCAUACAGUGUUCCAGACACAGUUUGGGAACAUUGCUGUGAAUAUCUGCUAUGGCCGCCAUCACCCUCUCAACUGGUUCAUGUACAGCAUGAAUGGAGCGGAGAUCAUCUUCAACCCCUCAGCUACUGUUGGAGCUCUCAGUGAGCCCAUGUGGUCUAUCGAGGCCAGGAAUGCAGCAAUAGCUAACCACUGUUUCACUUGUGCAAUCAACCGUGUUGGGACGGAACAUUUCAAAAGUGAAUUCACAUCUGGUGAUGGAAAAAAAGCUCACCAUGACUUUGGACACUUCUAUGGAUCCAGUUACGUGGCUGCUCCUGACGGCAGCCGCAGCCCGGGUCUCUCCAGGACCCGUGACGGACUGCUAGUUGUAGAAAUGGAUCUCAACCUGAACAGACAAAUCAGCGACAAAUGGAGUUUUAAGAUGACUGGGCGGUAUUCUGAGUAUGCAGAGGAACUUACCAAGACUGUGAGACAUGACUUCAAACCCAACAUUGUGAAAGAGUAGAUAAUAUUCCACUAUAGGAGAGGUAGCCCGUGUGCCUUUAAAAAAAAAAAAAAAAAAAGUUGCUCACAAUGUCUGUGUCAAACAAAACUGCCAUAAAGUUAUUAUAUAUUGCUAAAAUAACAAAUCUAAAUUUGUUAAUUUCCUAACUACCAAUAUCCAUUUAUUUUAGAAGAUGAGCCUUUUUAAUGCCAGUUUGUUUACAUAAUGCCACGGUUGAUUUUAUUUAAAAAACACAAACAUAAUUUUCUGUAUACAGUCUGGGAUAUGUCAAUGAUUAGAAAUGGCAUUUUUGUGCAGUCAGAUUAAAAACCUCCCACAUGUUACUUUAGAGGACUAAAACUGCAAUAAAAUAUCAGAAUCA